AUGGGUGGCAAGCGCAAAAAGUCAAACAAUGGACCAAUCAAGAAGGAGAGCAAGUACAAGAUCCCCACCCGAUUUGACUGCCCGUUGUGUGAUACCAAGGCCUCCAUUGUCGUCAGAAUUUUUCGUGCGACAAGCGAUGCCACGGUGAGGUGCCGCGUAUGCGGAGCGGGCGGGACGAAGCGGUGGAAUGUCCUACGCCUUGAGAAACCUGUAGAUGUGUUUUUUCGCUUUCACGAGGCGCUGGUUCAGCGCGACCACGCGGAUCUACAGCAGGUAGAGAUGGGUCGCGAGGUGAGGGUGAGCACUGGCGCGUCCAACGCCGACUACGGUGGGCACCAGAGCAACCUGGGAAAGGAGGCGUACUCGGUAGCAGACGCAGCCAUGGCGGACAGGAAUCGGCUCGGCUCCUCUGCUGCCACCGCUGCAACCGCGUCAGUGGGCUCACGUGCGAAACACGUCAAGUCUCUGGGUGAGUUGCAGCGCAAGUUGGCCGUGCCAGCGUGGUUGGAUUGCGCCGCGGCGCCGAUCGCCUCUUGUGUCAACCUCCGCGACGACUACGAGGGCGAGGCAGAAGGGGCGGCAGCCCACUACUUCGCCCCUCGUGAAGAAGUGCACAGCGCCGAGGACGAGGAUGACGAGUACAGCCGGCUGUUCCAAUGA